AUGUCACAGAGUGAACAAGGACAACAUGCUACAGAUAGUGUGGGAGCUGAGCCGUACCUUCGUCCGUUAAUCUCCUCCUUCAUCUCAAGCAUCGGGUACACAACGGCGCCGGUGAUCAGCGAUGGGACAUAUUGGUCAGCUCUACAUCAACGUGCAGCUAACACUGGUAUUCCCCAUCCUGAGGGGUCCCACUCCUUCAAAUGCUUAAAAGUAGGGGGAAAUUACGCUAUUGCUUGUCUUCCCAAUCAUCCUCUUGACGUCCAGGUAUAUGUCGGUAUAUAUACCUGGCUUGCUAUUGUCAUUGACGAUGUAGCAUGUCAGUCUUCGGAGGAUUUCGAGCCCUUUCACGAGCGCUUCGCUAGCGGAAAGCCCCAGCCGACGAUUCUUCUCGAGGCUUGGGCGGGGAUAAUUCGGUCGGCUUUUGAUUACUGGGACCCUAUGGCAGCCAACUUUAUCGUCGCCGCAUCCCUUGAUUUUCACAACGCGUGCGUCUUAGAGGCGCGUUCCGAACUUCGAUGCCUAGUACGAACUAAAGGGGGUCAUAGUUUGGCCUGGUACAUGCGUAGCAAGUCCGGUGUUGCAGAUGCCUAUGCAUACUUCACAUUCCCCAAGGCCAUCUAUCCUGAUAUUUCGUGUUUCCUAGAAGCGAUCCCAGACAUGUCUGCUUAUUUCUGCCUCGCCAAUGAUGUCUUGUCAUUCUAUAAAGAAGAGAAAGCAAAAGAAAAGGGCAACUACAUCAACUACAGAGCUUAUUACGAAGACAGUGAUACCCGAACAGUGCUGGGAAAGGUAAUUGAGCAGACACAAAAUGCCGUCCGGCGUAUGCGGGUUGUGGUCAAGGGGCGGGAGCCGUAUGAGCAGGCUUUAAACAACCACAUAUUGGGUUAUAUAGCGUUCCAUACUCUCAGCGAUCGCUAUAUGUUGUCAGAGAUUGGCUUGGGAGAGGAUGCACCCAGUGUGGUUAAUGGCGAGGUUCCUUAG